GUGGUUUUGAAGUGUGGAGAAUAUCAAGCUACUUGGAGAUUCUUUGUAUGUAAAUACUAUGUAAAAAGGCCCUCCCCGUCUUUAUAAUUAAUUGACACGUUAUACCACUCAUCAUGGAUUGAAGCACCAAUGGUAAAGGCUCGAAUCUCCCCCAAAACCCACAAUUUCACAUCUGCAAACACAGUCUUCAUCCACUUGACUCCCAGGACCCGCCCACACGUGGCCAAGCUUAGCCAUUUCUAAUGUGAUUUCUGUCUCUCCCUGUGCUCCCUGCAGGUUCAUGUGCGCACAGCAACCUUAUAUGGACUCAGCUCUACAGCAAUGGCUUAUUUUUUUCUGGGAGCAGGAGAGAGAAUUGGGUGCUUUAGCCAGACCCUCAGCUAAACCUGACUUUGGCAUUUUUCCCUGGAGUUACAAACUAUAGGAAUAGCGCUUGGUGCUCCCUCAACUGCGCUUGAUCCACAGAACCUCGCAGACUUGUUGGGAGUCUUUUUCUCUCUCUGGUUUUUUUUUUCUUCCUCCCCAUUGGAAAGAGAAUUGGCACACUGGUGUCUCCACUGCAGAAUAUGUCUUUAACCAACACAAAGACUGGCUUCUCUGUAAAGGACAUUCUAGAUCUGCCUGAUACCAAUGAUGAGGAUGGAUCCACUGCAGAAGGAGCAGAUGAAGACACAGACGGUUCUGAAACCAUUAAAAAGCCAAGAGGAUUGAGGCAAAGCCCCCUGGAAACAGUACAGAGCAUGCCCUUAAAAAGCCCUUUCUAUGACAGCAGUGAUAACCCUUAUACACGAUGGCUGGCUACUACUGAGAGCAUCCAAUACUCCUUGCACGGUUUUGCGUCCGGAAAUUCGCAGCAGGAUUCUUCUCCUAAGUCUCCAGAACCGUCGGCUGAUGAGUCUCCAGACAACGACAAGGAACUCUCCAGCAACCCAGACUCAGGCAAGAAGAGGAAGAGACGGGUUCUGUUCUCUAAGGCACAGACUUAUGAGCUGGAGAGGAGAUUUAGGCAGCAGCGGUACCUGUCCGCCCCAGAGAGGGAGCACCUGGCCAGUCUUAUCCGCCUCACCCCCACCCAGGUGAAGAUCUGGUUCCAGAACCACAGGUACAAGAUGAAGAGGGCCCGGUCAGAAAAAGGUAUGGAAGUGACUCCUCUUCCCUCCCCUAGGCGGGUGGCAGUGCCAGUCCUAGUAAGGGAUGGUAAACCCUGCCACACUCUGAAAGCUCAGGACUUAACUGCCACAUUCCCAACUGGCAUACCUUUCUCUGCCUAUAGCGCCCAGUCUUUACAUCACAUGCAAUAUAAUGCCCAGUUCUCUUCUACCACUAGCGCCCACUACCCUACAGCACAUCACUUGGUGCAAGCCCAGCAGUGGACUUGGUGAACUUUACUUAUGGACUGGUCUGCGCCAAAAACAAACGAUGGGGGCGGUGUAAAAACUGUUGGAUAAUAAAAGUAAAAGAGGCAUCCUUAUUAUUAUAAUAUUAUUAUUAUUUUUUAAAUGAAAGGUCAAUUCAUCCUCAAACACCCACUUUCUGGUUUGUUGUCCUCCAUGUUUACAAAUUUGCUCCACAACAGCGAAUCUACCGACCUGCUGCGAUUUAAUUGGAUGGGGAGGGGGGACCUACUGCUUCUGUGAUUUUCUUUAAAGAAAUAUGUAUGUGUGUUGUUCGUAUAUAAAGCAAGUGAAACCACCUUUUUAUAUUUUUCUUUCUUUCAAUAACAACCACCAUAUAAAAACUUAUUUAUGGCCAACGUGUAAAAAAAAAAAAAUUCUGAAUUUAUUUUUGAAGUUUUUAUCAAUUAUUGGCAUCAGUAACCUUCAGGGCAUUUUUUUAAUGAAAAUAUUCCAAACCAUAAAGAAGAAAAUGACAUGUCAGUCACCUGCCUAUAGAUAUAUCCAGCUGUAUAUGUAUCAUUAAAGAAAAACAAAAUUGCAUCCCAUGGGAGAUUUUGGACUUUUAUAAGAAUUUUAAUAAAACAAUGUAUAUAAAAAAAAA